GUUCUAAACGGAUGUGUGACGGAAAAAAUAAGUCAACUUUGGUAACAUACAUAGCCAAAUCAAUUAUCUUAAGCAUUUUUAAUAUAUCACAACUCGGGAUGUUACAAUUUUACUUUUUUCUCUUUUUCAUCAGAUUUAAUAUAUGUUGCGUUUUAUAUAAGAACAAUUUCAAAAAAGAUAUAUAGUUAAAUAUCAAUGAUAAAUGAUGAAAAUCUGUUGACAAGUGGAUGAACCACUUUUUCUUUGACAUCUUUCUGUAUGAACAAAAGUUUAGAGAUGAUAAUUACAUUAUUUUCAGUAUGUGAUAGAUCUUUUUAAAAAAUCUAUUUUAUUCUAAGUUUCAAGAAUAAAGUAACUAAAUUUUGAAAAGAAAUUAAAAAUUUUAAUACUAUUUUUAGGUUUAAUAUCAAAUUUAGUUUGUUUUAUGAAAAUUAAAUAUAACUUAUUUCUUUUUUCAAUUAAAAUUAAGAUUUUUUUUUAAAUUUUAAUCUAUAAUUUAGUUAAUUUCAUCAUGAAAAUUAAAAUAAAAUUAGAAAAUUUUAAGAUUUGUUUUUCAAUUUUGAAGAUUUUGAAUUUCUUUUGAAAUUUAUUAAGAUUCUUGAUUAGAGUGAAUACAGUUGGGUAUGAGCAUGGUUUUGAAAUUUUGUGUAUUUAAAAAGAAUAAAAUAAUUAUUCUUUAUAUUAAAUUGGGUAUUUAAAAAGUUCGGAUAUUUAAAAAAUUCAUAAAAGUUAAUCUGGAUAUUUAUAUGGAAUCUUCUUGCUUAUAUCAUAAGUUACUUGUUUAGUAUAUAAUAUAUGUUAUAAUUUAUAUAUAAUAAAUAUACAGCAGAUAAUUAAUAGUGACUAUUUAUAUAUUGAUUUUAAUAUAUCCACAAUUACCAUAUACAAUUUAAUUUUACAACAGUACAAUGAUAAAAUCUGUAUUGCCUUUGAACCAGUCACCCCUAUAUUACUUAUGACCCCUGGUGGAUCUAGGUGGAACAAGAAGGGUGCAACCGCCCCCAGUAAAAAUUACAACUAAAAUUAAAUACAUCAGAAUUUUUAUAUAUCUUGCAAUCUAGUUGGUUAAAUUCUUUUAUUUGCAUCCACUAAACCAAUGUUAGAACAACACUAUAUCUUUUUCACUAUUUUUGCCUCCAUUCAUUAUAUUUUCUAGAUCCGCUACUGCUUAUGACCUGGUGGAUAAGAGAUGGAUUAAGAAAAUAACAAUUUUAGUAACCUUAUCUAAAUUUAAUUUAUUAAAAUUUAAUAAUAUUAUUAAAUACAAAUUACUGCUAAAAUCUACAAGCUUUUGGACAUAUUAAGCCUUCUCAGAACUAUAUAAAUACUCCUAUAAGCGCAACUGGAAAUGAAUAAGUGAAGAAAAACAUUAUAGUAAUAAGGUGAAACCUAAAGAAAAAAAAUGGGGAGAGUGAAAAUACAGAUGAGAAAAAUAGUGGAUAGACAACAAAGAAAUAUUGCAUUUGCCAAAAGAAAAAGCGGGCUUCUGAAAAAAGCUUAUGAACUCUUUGUUCUCUGUGAUGUUCAAAUGGUUCUCAUUUUCUUCUCACCUUCUGGUAAACUUUUCCUGUUUGAUCCGAAAACAAGGAUGGAAGAGACUAUAAAGAAGUAUGUGGAUGUGCCUAUACGUCCAAGAUUCCAAGUCCAAGAGGAAACGUUUAUACGACGGUGGAUAGAUGUCAUGCGUUUAGAAUCACAAUAUCCUGAAUCGAUCGUGAGGCCCAGAGAAAAUUUUGGCGAUGGAAUUCUUCUUCAAACUCGAUCAAAGGAGAUCGAAGACGAAAUCUUCAAAUGCAAAGCCGAAUUGGCGAAAGUGGAACAACAGUUAGGGUACUUUUUAAAACAUCCAAAUCAAUGGGGAACAAGAGAUGACAUUGAGUAUCAAGAGAAAAUACUCGAGGAGACGUUAGAUAAAGUUCGAUCUCGGAAGAAAUGCUUGGAAGCUCAAAAUGAAGCCUUUGAUGCUUCUAAUUGCCUGCUUCAAACUGAUGUGGAGAUUUCGCCAAGUGGAUAAAUUUUAUUUUUAUUCAUACCAUAAUAUUUUAUAUUAUCUAGCCGAAUAAUGUUGAGAUCGUCUGUAAUAUAUCAAUAAAUCUAUAACUUAUGUAUUGUACAUUUGUUCAGUUGCAAAAGUACAUUCUACCUAACUAUAUUAUUGAAAAUAUCAUUUUAGUAUAAUUCAAA